AGGGGGUGGUUGCCUCUAGCAGCUCCACCCUCACUUUGUCAGCAGGUAGAGAGCGUGAUUGCAGUCCCAGGGGAGGGAGUCAGAGCUAGAACACCCAUUACAAACCGCAGGCUUCCUGCUGUAGGGAGUUGAUCCAGAAUUGUCUUUCUGAAAGGAAGCACUCGAAUCCUUUUGAACUUUCCAAGUCCAUCCAUGAUUCAGAAAUACUGCCUUCUCUCUCUGGGAUUUUCUGUGUUUCUGAUUGUGAAUUGUCGUUGAUGUAUUUGCUACUUUGCUUCUUUUCUGUUUCAAGACUUGAUCAUUUUAUAUGCUGUUUGGAGAAAAAAAAGAACUUUUAUUAGAAAGGAGUUUUCAGAAAUGAUUUUGAAUUUUCUAUAAGUGUUUAAUCUAGUUCUUGGGACAGCAGCUCUCAUCCUGGAAUAAAUUUCUGCCUUUGACCUGCAUGGAUUAUUUUUUCAGGCUGCGGAAUUUCUCGGCACCUACCUGUAGUAUGGGGCACUUGGUUUGGUUGCAGAGUAAGAAGGUGGAAGAAUGAGCUGCACUUGGUUAAGCAGUUGAAACCUUUUUUGAGCAGGAUCUGUAAAAGCGUAAUUGAAUUUGUUUCACCCCCGUGGAUUCCAGUGGGCCCGACAGCACAACAGGUUUGCAGAUUUCUUUUGAAAUUCUUUUUCCCCCCUUCCUCUGCCUCAGCAAAAGAAAAGAAUCUAUAUAACAGGUUCAUGCUUAAUUGCUUGGCUUUUCAGCACUUAUUCUGAAGACUUUAUAAGAUUUUAAAACUUGACCUUGGAACACAGAGGGCUUUGUGGAUGAAAUGUGUUUAUAUUUACUUAAGGGGGCACAUUUAAAAAAUCUUAUUCCAUGUUUGUACAAAGACCCAAAUUUUCUUAGUGACUAGAAAUAGCACAGAUCUACUCUACUCAAGCUUAUUUGUAUUUUUUUCAGGGUAUUCUACCUAGAGCCUAUGGUUAAUCACCUCCCUGCUCCCCUUACCUUUUAUUCCCCACCCCCUCAAGGAAUUUGAAAACAUGUUAGGAAUAGUGCUUUGUUUUCUCAUGAACCUAGAAAAUUUCAGAUUAUAAAAUCUGGAUAUUAGUUUCCAAAAGCAUCUCACGGGAAAUCAAAGUGCUCGGCAUUUCCAAGCUGGAGAAUAAAAUCUAGAAUCCUUAAGAGAUAAAGGAAAAUGGAGACAGAAAUAUGAAUUUUAACUGGGAAAAAUAAUUGGAAAGCUAACCUUUUCAAAUACUCUAUGAAAGUUGGAAAAGGUUGUUACGGUCAGGAUUAUCCUGUAAUGUGUGAAGAUACAUAAAUUAGCACCUAAUUUAUAGGCAAAUUUUGGUAAAACACAAAAAAUUAUGGUAUGUCUAAGUCCAUGAAAAGUAUGUAAAUGCAGUGAGCCUAGAAUCCUAGCCAUACUGAAAUACAGUUUAAUGUGGAAACUUUUCUAAAUACAUGUUGUAGCAUCUUUGGACAUCAACAUGUGGCCUGAAAUUUUUAUUGUUUCCUCUUCUUCUCCAUUAAAAAAGAAGCCUCCUUGUAGUAUUUAGUCAUUUACCAUUGACACAUAUUAUGGCUUAAAAAGGGCCAUCUCUUCCUUUUCUGAGCUGGAGUUCUUCACUCUCACCUUUGAUGCAUGGCCUUAGCUAUUUACUUUGCCUUGUUUUGUUCAUGAACAUUGGGUUUAGUGCCUGGCAACUUGAUGCAUAUGGAAGAGCAAUGCCAAGUGAUCUGACAUAAUAUAAAUUCAGGAUGUGACAUUCAAUCACAAGCAAAGUUGGAAAUUCCAAAGAGAAGUAGUGAGACCUUUACUAGUCACAGUGAAGAUGGGAGAAAAUGACAUACCUGCAACAGAUGUGGGCUGAAAAUAUCCUCUUCUCUGCCCAAUCAGGAAUGCCACCUGUUCUUGGGAAUAAACUUUAGAGAAAGGAAGGGCCAAAACUACGACUUGGCUUUCUGAAACUGAAGCAUAAAUGUUCUUUUCCUCCAUUUGUCUGGAUCUGAGAACCUGCAUUUGGUAUUAGCUAGUGGAAGCAAUAUGUAUGGUUGAAGUGCAUUGCUGCAGCUGGUAGCAUGAGUGGUGGCCACCAGCUGCAGCUGGCUGCCCUCUGGCCCUGGCUGCUGAUGGCUACCCUGCAGGCAGGCUUUGGACGCACCGGACUGGUACUGGCAGCAGCGGUGGAGUCUGAAAGAUCAGCAGAACAGAAAGCUAUUAUCAGAGUGAUCCCCUUGAAAAUGGACCCCACAGGAAAACUGAACCUCACUUUGGAAGGUGUGUUUGCUGGUGUUGCUGAAAUAGCUCCAGCAGAAGGAAAAUUAAUGCAGUCCCACCCCCUGUACCUGUGCAAUGCCAGUGAUGACGACAAUCUGGAGCCUGGAUUCAUCAGCAUUGUCAAGCUGGAGAGUCCCCGACGGGCCCCCCGCCCCUGCCUCUCACUGGCCAGCAAGGCCCGGAUGGCAGGUGAGCGAGGAGCCAGUGCUGUCCUCUUUGACAUCACUGAGGAUCGAGCUGCUGCUGAGCAGCUGCAGCAGCCACUGGGGCUGACCUGGCCAGUAGUGUUGAUCUGGGGUAAUGAUGCUGAGAAGCUGAUGGAGUUUGUGUACAAGAACCGAAAGGCCCAUGUGAGGAUCGAGCUGAAGGAGCCUCCGGCCUGGCCAGACUAUGAUGUGUGGAUCCUUCUGACAGUGGUGGGCACCAUCUUUGUGGUCAUCCUGGCUUCGGUGCUGCGCAUCCGGUGUCGCCCCCGCCACAGCAGGCCGGAUCCACUUCAGCAGAGAACAGCCUGGGCCAUCAGCCAGCUGGCCACCAGGAGGUACAAGGCCAGCUGCAGGCGGGCUCGAGGUAAGAGGCCAGACUCGGGGAGCAGCUGCAGCUCAGCCCCCGUGUGUGCCAUCUGCCUGGAGGAGUUCUCUGAGGGGGAGGAACUACGGGUCAUUUCUUGCCUCCAUGAGUUCCAUCGUAACUGCGUGGACCCCUGGUUACAUCAGCAUCGGACUUGCCCCCUCUGCAUGUUCAACAUCAUAGAGGGAGAUUCAUUUUCCCAGUCCCUAUCACCCUCUCGAUCUUACCAAGAACCAGGUCGAAGACUCCACCUCAUUCGCCAGCAUCCUGGCCAUGCCCACUACCACCUCCCUGCUGCCUACCUGUUGGGCCCUUCCCAGAGUGCAGUGGCUCGGCCCCCACGACCUGGUCCCUUCCUGCCAUCCCAGGAGCCAGGCAUGGGCCCUCGGCAUCACCGCCUCCCCAGAGCUGCACAUCCCUGGGCUCCAGGAGAGCAGCAGCACCUGGCAGGGGCCCCACACUCCUAUGCACAGGGCUGGGGACUGAGCCACCUCCAAUGCACCUCACAGCACCCUGCUGCUUGCCCAGUGCCCCUGCGCCGGGCCAGACCCCCCGACAGCAGUGGAUCUGGAGAAAGCUAUUGCACAGAACGCAGUGGGUACCUGGCAGAUGGGCCAGCCAGUGACUCCAGCUCAGGGCCCUGUCACGGCUCUUCCAGUGACUCUGUGGUCAACUGCACGGACAUCAGCCUACAGGGCAUCCAUGGCAGCAGCUCUACUUUCUGCAGCUCCCUGAGCAGUGACUUUGACCCCUUGGUGUACUGCAGCCCUGAAGGGGAUCCCCAGCAGGUGGACAUGCAGCCCAGCGUGACCUCUCGGCCUCGUUCCUUAGAUUCAGUGGUGCCCCCAGGGGAAACCCAGGUUUCCAGCCAUGUCCACUACCACCGCCACCGGCACCACCACUACAAAAAGCGGUUCCAGUGGCAUGGCAGGAAGCCUGGCCCAGAAACUGGGGUCCCCCAGUCCAGGCCUCCUAUUCCUCAGACACAGCCCCAGCUGGAGCCACCUUCUCCUGAUCAGCAAGUCACCAGAUCCAACUCAGCAGCCCCUUCGGGGCAGCUCUCUAACCCACAGAGGCCCAGGGCCCUCCCUGAGCCAGCCCCUGGCCCAGUUGAAGCCUCCAGCAUCUGCCCCAGUACCAGCAGUCUUUUCAACUUGCAAAAAUCCAGCCUCUCUGCCCGACACCCACAGAGGAAACGGCGGGGGGGUCCCUCUGAGCCCACCCCUGCUUCUCGGCCCCAGGAUGCAACUGUGCACCCAGCUUGCCAGAUUUUUCCCCAUUACAGCCCCAACCAGGCAUAUCCUUGGUCCCCAGAGGCACACCCCUUGAUCUUUGGACCUUCAGGACUGGACAGGAGGCUGGUACCAGAAACCCCAGGCCCCUGUUACUCAAAUUCACAGCCAGUGUGGUUGUGUCUGGCUCCUCGCCGGCCCCUGGAACCACAUCCACCUGGGGAGGGGCCUUCUGAAUGGAGUUCUGACACUGCAGAGGGCAGGCCGUGCCCUUAUCCACACUGCCAGGUGCUUCUGGCCCAGCCUGGCUCAGAGGAGGAACUCGAGGAGCUGUGUGAACAGGCUGUGUGAGAUGUUCAGGCCUAGCUCCAACUAAGAGUGUGCUCCAGAUGAGUCUGGGCCCUGCCUGGCACAGAGUCCUGCUCCAGGGAGAAGAAAGGACCAUAGCAAACACCAGUCUUUUUGCCAUACUUCCUAGAAGCACUGGAAGAGGACUGGUGGUGGUGGAGGGCAGGAGGGUGCUGUUUCCUGCUCCAGCUCCAGACCUUGUCUGCAGAACACACCUGCAGUGCAGCAAGUCCGUGUCCAGCCAGGCAGCCAGCUCCUGCCUGUGGCGUGUGUGGGCUGGAUCUCUUAAAGGCUGAGUUUUUUGAGGGCAGAAAGCUAGCUAUGGGUAGCCAGGUGUUACAAAGGUGCUGCUCCUUCCCCGAUCCCUACCAGAUCUCCCUCACCCCAGGCCUCAUGUUCACACCAGCCAUUGGGUUCAGCAGAAUACAUGACGCCUUAUCACCUCCCUUCUCAGGUGAGCUCUGCACACCAGCUUUGGCCCCUCCACAGUAAGGCGGCUACAGCAGGGGCAACCUAGGCUCUAUAAUUCCUUUUUUGCCAAAAGGACCAGGAGCAUAGGUAAGCCCUGAGCACUAAGAGGAGGGGUCCCUGAAGCUUUCCCAUUCUAGUGUGUAGUUCUGUCCCCGAGCGGGGUACUGCAGAAGAACCCUUCUUGCUUCAGCAGCCUUAGCUCCUCUGGGGGUUUAGAGUAAGAAUAUUGGAGAGGGAAAAACUCCUCUUUGAAGAUUUCCUGUCUCAGAAUCCCAGAGCAGGUGGAAAGGAGAGAAUUUCUGCUGGACUUGAUCUGGGCAGAGGGAGGAAGGAUGGAAUGAAGGUAGAAAAGGCAGAAUCACAGCUGAGCAGGGACAACAAAGAGUUCUCUGGGAGAAGUUUUGUCUCAGAGCAGGGAUGGAGAAUGGGGGAGAACAAAGGAAAAGCAAAGUGUGACCCUUAGGUUUGGAGGACCCAGAAGCCCAGCUCCCCAGUAUAAGCCAUGCAGGCCAGGGACCCACAGGAGAGUGGAUUAGAGCACAAGUCUGGCCUAGGCCACUUACACAGAGUGGACAAGGGCUGAGGGGCCUCUGCAGGGUGACAUUCACCCCAGGGCAGCCUGACCACUGUUGGCCCCUCAGGCAUUAUCCCAUUUGGAAUGUGAAUGUGGGGACAAAGUGGGCACAGGACCCCACCUGGGAACCUUCUUCCCUGUUAGUGGGGAGACUAGCACCUAGGCACCCACAUGGGUAUUUAUAUCUGAAACAGACAGAAAGACGCUUGAAUCAGGCACUACGUUGAGAAAUGUAUUUAUUUGCUAAUAUAUUUAUCCACAAAUGUGGUCUGGUCUUGUGGUUUUGUUCUGUCGUGACUGUCACUCGGUAACAACUUCAUCUCUUUCUACAUCAAGAGAAAUAAAUUAUUUCUGUUAUCAGAGGCUAGGCUCCGAUUUAUCAAAGGAUAGGGUAGAGUAGAGGGCUUGGCAAUAAGAAAUGGUUUGUAAGCCCCUAAAAGUGUGGCUUAGUGAGAUUAGGGAAAGAGAAAGCGUGACUGGAUUCUCACUGUGAUUCAGUCAUAUUAUUACACUGUUCACUUCACACAUUAUGAUGCUUCAGUGACUUGACUUUGUGACUUUGUGCAAAUACUCUGUGCCUCGCUUUUUCAGUCCAUAAAAUGGGCCUAUUUCAUAGUUGCUGCAGGACUUAGGUGAGAUAGCAGAGAGUAGAAAACAUGUUCCAAAGUGGAAAGUUUUAUUCAGUGAUAGAAAACAUCCAAACCUGUCACAGAGCCCAUCUGAACACAGCAUGGGACCGGCAACAAGAAGCAAGCCUACCCGGAAGCAGCUCAGUUUCAAUCAGGAGGCUGGCCUGGAAGGACAGAGCAGCGGGGCCUGAAACUAUUUAUAACCCAAAGCUCCUUUCAGAUAAAUACAAAUGACUGUGUUUUGCCUGCACUCGGGCCAUUGUGAGGACGAAGAGAGCUGGUGCUCCGUUGGCCUGAAGUCUCCAGGAGCAGAAGGGGCCUCUGUCGCUUCCUCACACGGCACAAGUGCCCCUUCUGCUUCCCCGAGAAAGGUUUGGUAGGGGUGGUGGUGGGGUGGUGCCAUAGAACAAGGCAUUUUGCUUCCUAUACGUGAAAUGAAAGGGGAAAAAAGGACACUAAUCUACAAAUAUUCUUUAGUAAAGGAACCGUUGUCUAAGUACUAAGAACUGCGCAAACUAUAAAUUAUCAGCCGGAACGAGCAAACAGACAUAUAGUUUUAAAAGAUAAAUACGCAUUUUUUUCCGCCGUAGCUACCCAGCCAGCAUUCCUGCGGGAGGCACGUGGAAACCCUACAGCACUCUCGCAGUUAGGAAGGAGGGGUGGGGCUAUCCCCGGAUUUGUCCUGGGUCUCUGCAGAGAUAAUCCAGAGGGAGACACUGGAUUCACUGCCCCAAUGCUUCUAAAACGAGAAGACCAAAAAA